CAGCGCAGAAUCGUCGUCUCCUCAUUCCUCUUUCAACUCUCAAGCCAAUACUGUGAUCAAGCCCUUCCGAUGGCACGUACUAAGCAAACGGCCCGUAAGUCCACCGGCGGCAAGGCUCCGAGGAAGCAGUUGGCGACCAAGGCUGCUCGGAAGUCUGCUCCUGCUACUGGUGGCGUGAAGAAGCCCCACCGUUUCAGGCCAGGUACGGUGGCGCUCCGUGAGAUCCGAAAAUACCAGAAGAGCACGGAGCUUCUGAUCCGGAAGCUUCCUUUUCAGCGUCUGGUUCGUGAGAUCGCUCAGGACUUCAAAACGGAUCUUCGAUUCCAGAGCUCUGCCGUCGCCGCCCUUCAGGAAGCCGCCGAGUCUUACCUGGUUGGACUCUUCGAGGACACUAACCUUUGCGCUAUUCACGCUAAGAGGGUCACUAUUAUGCCUAAGGAUAUUCAGCUUGCGAGGCGUAUCAGGGGUGAGCGUCACCCAAUCGUCGUUGUUUCAUCCGUCUCAAAUCUCUCUUCACUUUCGUUUUUCAAGAUCAUAUACUUUGAUCAAAUCCUUCCAAUGGCGCGUACCAAGCAAACGGCUCGUAAGUCCACCGGCGGCAAGGCUCCGAGGAAGCAGUUGGCGACCAAGGCUGCUAGGAAGUCUGCUCCGGCUACUGGCGGUGUGAAGAAGCCCCACCGCUUCAGGCCCGGUACGGUGGCGCUCCGUGAGAUUCGGAAGUACCAGAAGAGCACGGAGCUUCUGAUCCGAAAGCUUCCUUUCCAGCGUCUGGUUCGUGAGAUCGCUCAGGACUUCAAGACAGAUCUCCGAUUCCAGAGCUCCGCCGUCUCCGCUCUUCAGGAAGCCGCCGAAGCUUAUCUGGUCGGACUCUUCGAGGACACUAACCUUUGCGCUAUUCACGCUAAGAGGGUCACUAUUAUGCCCAAGGAUAUUCAACUUGCAAGGCGUAUCAGGGGUGAGCGUGCUUGAGAUAUGAGAAUUCAGUUAGAGUUGUAUAGUUUAAUGUUUAAUCGUCAUAGUUCAUGUGACUUAGUUGGAUUUGCCUUUUGGAGCUUUUUUGUGGGCAAUCGCUGAUAUAAUGGUUUCAUCAAUGGAAAAUCUAGUCUGUUCAAUUAUAUUA